AUGUCUGAACAAGUCAAAAAAUGGCAUAGCUGUUUGAAAGAAAAGGCCCUGACGUUGUGGCAGUACUUCUGUUUUAUACAGAUGGGUUUAGAUGGAGUCCAGGAAGACUACAUAAGGAAGGCCGAAUAUCCCUUCAGCUCAGAACAAAAAUGGAUGGCUGUUAAAUGUGUUCACAGAACGCAGCAGGACAAACCUGAAGUUUGCUUUAUGAAAGGUGCUUAUGAGCAAGUCAUUAGGUACUGUACAUCAUAUAACUGUAAGGGGCAGACCCUACCUCUUGUUCAGCAACAGAGAGAGCAAUACGAGCACGAGAAGACAUCUAUGGGCUCUGCGGGACUUAGGGUUCUGGCUUUAGCUUCUGGUCCUGAGUUAGGACAACUGACUUUUUUGGGGCUUGUGGGAAUAGUCGAUCCUCCACGGACUGGUGUAAAAGAAGCUGUCACUACACUUAUCAUGUCAGGAGUUGCAAUUAAAAUGAUUACUGGAGAUUCACAGGAGACUGCAGUUGCCAUUGCUAGUCGACUAGGAUUGUAUUCCAAAAAUUCACAGGCAAUCUCUGGAGAAGAAAUAGAUGAUCUGGAUAUUCAGCAGCUUUCUCAAAUAACACCAAAGGUCGCAGUAUUUUACAGAGCCAGUCCCCGACAUAAAUUGAAAAUCAUAAAGUCCCUGCAAAAUAAUGGUUCAGUAGUAGCUAUGACAGGAGAUGGAGUGAAUGAUGCUGUUGCUCUGAAGGCUGCAGAUAUUGGUGUAGCAAUGGGACAAACCGGAACAGAUGUUUGUAAAGAGGCAGCAGAUAUGAUCCUCGUGGAUGAUGAUUUUCAGACAAUAAUGUCUGCAAUUGAAGAGGGUAAAGGAAUUUAUAAUAACAUAAAAAAUUUUGUUAGAUUUCAACUGAGCACGAGUAUAGCAGCACUGACUUUAAUCUCACUGGCUACAUUAAUGAACUUUCCUAAUCCUCUCAAUGCCAUGCAGAUCUUGUGGAUCAAUAUUAUUAUGGAUGGACCUCCAGCUCAAAGUCUUGGCGUGGAGCCUGUGGAUAAAGAUGUUAUUCAGAAGCCUCCAAGAAAUUUGAAGGACAGCAUUCUGACAAAAAACCUGAUUGUUAAAAUACUGGUUUCAUCAAUAAUUAUCGUGUGUGGAACUCUGUUUGUCUUCUGGAGAGAGUUAAGAGACAAUGUAAUAACGCCUCGAGAUACAACCAUGACUUUCACCUGUUUUGUAUUUUUUGAUAUGUUCAAUGCUUUGAGUUCUAGAUCUCAGGCAAAAUCUGUGUUUGAGAUUGGACUUUGCAGUAACAAAAUGUUCUGCUAUGCUGUCCUUGGGUCUAUAAUGGGGCAGUUAUUGGUCAUUUACUUUCCUCCACUUCAGAAGGUUUUCCAAACAGAGAGCCUGAGUGUCUUAGAUUUACUGUUUCUUCUGGGACUGACUUCCUCGGUGUGCAUAGUGACUGAGAUCAUAAAGAAGUUUGAAAGAAGCAAGGAGAAGAUUCAGAAACGUGGAAGUUCUUCUUCGUCGUCAACUUCGUCUUUUCUUGAUGUAUGAUGCAUAUUGCAUUCUUUUGUUUGCAAACUUAGGAAUUGCUAUCUAAAGAUGUAGGAGAAAGCAAAACAAUAUUUGGAGGAUAAGGAAAUCCUGAGGGCUUUUGACAAGUCCUUUCUUUCACUGGCUAGUGAUGAACAUUCAUGUUUUGAGACUGUUGAGAAUUUAACUUCCAGCUGUGGGAGUAACAAAUGAAAUUAUGCAACUUUUUUCCUCAAACAUUAAUUUACUUUUGAGAUUGAAUGGGAUUUUGUUUAUGUGUGGCGGGUGAAUUUAAAGAAAGAUCUAAGCCCAAGUCCCAUUUUCUGCACUUAAAAAGAUAUAACUGUGUAAAAUCCUUCUCUUAGAUAUAAAUAUUUUAGUUUGUUUUUAUUUAAAACAUUGUACUAUUUUACUUUUAUGGUGGUGGGACUUUGCUACUAAUAAAAGGAUAAAAAAAAAUUUCGGAGGCAUUCCACUGGGUUUAGAGUCUGUCACAAGAGUGCCAUAUUCUAGCUACUGUAUUUAUUUACUUUAUAUCCUGCAAUGUGUAAGCAGCUCAAGUACCUUGUGCUACAGGUUUUUUUUUUGUAUCCUGAGGUUUUUUUUGCACAGGAUGUGAGCGCUGUCGGAUCACUGUUUUCUUUUUCUGUGAUUGAA